AUGGGUGGUGAGGCUGCCGAGACCGCGACGGGAGCGCUGGAGGAAAGCAAGCGUAGCAAUGGUGCCACAGAACCAGCUGUGUCUGCUGCGUCUGCUGCUUCAGCUGAGAAGGACCAGGACACCGUGAAGACGGCCAAGCCUACGAUGGGCGUGAUGAGCACUGGCGAUGCUCAAGCGGCUGCAGAAGCUGCAGAUAGGGCGCCGCCUGCGGGUUCCAGCCCAAAAAAGAGACGGAAAGUCAACCACGCAUGCGUCUACUGCCGUCGAUCGAUCACUCUCUUCCGUGAUGACGUUGAACAGCAUAUGACUUGCGACUCGGGACGACCAUGUAGCCGCUGUAUAAAACGCAACAUCGGUCACCUGUGCCAUGACAAACCUCGUGAACCUACCAAACGCGUGAAGAACGAGACAGAAGGCACCGUUGCCGCUACUCCUGCAGCUGACGAGAGUACGGCUGCAAACAAUGACUUUGAGGGUAAAGGCAUGUCGCAGACUAUCAACGGACGUGACACCCUAGACGACCAGAUAUUGCCGGAUACAGCUCUUUCUAUGCAACCACCUGCCUUGACUUCUUCCUCCCAGAGCGCUCAGCCGCAGGACAUAGCCGCUUCCGGCCCGAAUAUCGACGUUGGCCAACAAACCUUAAUGGGCUAUAACAACGAAUGGCGGCUUGGUGGGCAGAACAGCCAGUUUCAAGAUAUCCAUACCUUUCACCCAUCUUACAUGUUCAACGCUCCUGAAUUCACAAACGAGUAUAACCUGCUCAACGACUUUCUCAGCACUAGUCUUCUAGACGACGGAUCAAUGUAUCCCAACGACGAGGUACGGGGCCUCUACUCCGAUAUGUCUCUCCUGAACUCCAUGGCCACGAAUCUAUCCCGGAACAAUGAAGGAUACCCACAACAACAGCAAUCUUCCACAAUAUCACCCUCGCAGUUUAUCAACCCGCCCCAGGCGUCCCAGGGAGGCUCUAUCCAGCGGCCCAACAGCACUGUCGGAAAUGACAAGGCUAAGGAGACGUAUUACAUGACCGCCGCUGACCCCUCCGGCACCGACCCUCCGGAGGAACGUAUGAAUAAACUCCUGAAAGCAAAAUACGACGCCGGCCUACUGAAGCCGUUCAACUAUGUAAACGGUUAUGCUCGGCUAAAUAAAUACAUGGAAGAGCAUCUCCAACCAAGCUCGAGGCAGAAAAUUCUGCGUCAGCUGGAUAAGUUCCGUCCUGCAUUUAGAGAACGUAUGCAUGCCCUUACCGAUAUCGAACUAGUACUAGUUGAGAUGUGGUUUGAGCGGAGUUUGAUGGAGUAUGACCGUGUCUUUGCAAGUAUGGCCAUACCAGCCUGUCUAUGGCGACGAACUGGACAGAUAUUCAGAGGCAAUCAAGAGAUGGCCCAGCUUAUAGAUGUACCAAUGGACUCGCUGCGAGAUGGCAAACUUGCUAUUCAUGAAAUAGUGGUCGAAGAUCAACUUGUUAGCUACUGGGAGAAAUUCGGCGCCAUCGCGUUUGACAGUUCACAAAAGGCGAUGCUUACAAGCUGCACGCUUAAAAGCCCGGAUCCGAACAGCCCAAAGAAGAACAUUCCCUGCUGUUUCUCCUUUACCAUCCGUCGAGAUAAUCAUAACAUUCCAUCCUUGAUUGUAGGGAAUUUCCUCCCCACCAAACGCAUAGACGUCCAUCGAUGA